AUGACAGUCACCGCCCAAUCCGAUCGCCAGGCCGAUCGCCUCCUCCUGGUCAGCGUCCCCCGCACAGCCUCCAACCUCCUCGUCAAGAUCCUCGACAUCGACCACCAACCCAAUGUCCACACCAACCAACAACACGGCUACUUCUUCUACCCGGCCUUCCUAGCCGCGACCAUGGACGGGCUCCCGGCCAGACCAAUCGACACCUGGCCGGAGGCCACAAAAUCCGGCAUCGGCGCCGCCUUCCAGUCCUGCUUCGACACGCUCGAAGAAUGCGCCACCGUUGCCACACAGCAGUCCAAAACGAUGUUCGCCAAAGAGCACGCCUUCUGGAUGCUCAACCCCGCCGCAUUCGACCAGAUACUGCCGACCCCGAGCGUUGCGGACCACCACGAUGCGUUCCGCCCGCGCAUCCCCGAGCGCUACGGCCCCACACAGACGUACUCGCCCGGCAACGACACUGUCAUGUCAGAUGAGUACCUGCGCACCUGGCGACUGGCGUUCAUCAUCCGGCAUCCGGCGCUGGCGUGGCCGAGCUUCUACCGCGCGAUGUCCCAGCUCAGUGCCCUGGGGUACCUGGACGCGGACGGGGUGCGGGGGGCGUCGCGGACGAACAUGACGCUGCGGUGGACGCGGGCGCUCUACGACUGGGCUGUUGUGCAGCGGCGGGAAGGCGGAGAAGGAAGCGCGGCGCCGGUUGUCAUCGACGCGCACGAUGUGAUCCACAGUCCGGCGGCUGUGGAGCGGUUCUGCGAGGAGGCGGGGUUGGAUUGGGAGGCAGUGCAGUUUGAGUGGGCGGGGGAGAAAAGCGAGUCGGGACACGUGCAGGCGGCGGAGAAUGAGAUGCAGGUUUCUGCGGCGAAGGUGAUGCAAGGGACGUUGGAUCGGUCGUCGGGGAUUGACAAGGGGAAGGCGCCUGCUGCGGUGGAUAUUGCUGUCGAGGCGCAGAAGUGGAGGGAGGAGUUUGGGGAGGAGGUGGCUGGCUGGAUUGAGCAGGCCGUGUUGGAGUCGAUGCCGGAUUAUGAGUAUCUACGGAAGAGAUGCAUUCGGUGA